AGAAUAAAAAGUUAGAUGCCAACUAUUUAUAUACACCUAAGUUUAGAAGAAACAUAUAUGUAUAUUAUCUCCCUCUUUCAUUGUUGUGUAAUUUAAGAAAGCAGAGGAGGAAAACUAAGAAGAAGACAUGGAUUGUUGUGUGUGCACAACUAUGCCAUUAAUAUUAAGGCCUCCAAGGAAUACAAUAUGUGGGGCUUGUUAUGAAGGAGUUAGGAACAUAAUCAACAUGAUGAACGGUAUUGAAAGUGAGAAAUCAAAAUCAAUAAUCACUCAUCCAAAUUCUCCAGUUUCGCCUCGAAAUUCGAGUAAGACACUUGAUGAUUGUAUAAGACGGUGUUCGGAGCAGAUAGACCAAUUUAAUCAACAAAAACAAGACUUGGCUUUUCUUAGAGGAUUUCUUGAUGCCUUCAAAGAACAAAUUCACACUGAUAUAUUAAUAAGUCCAGCCAAUCAUGGUCCACCUAUACCUGCACAUAAAUCUGUUUUGGCUGCAAGAUCAGAAAUAUUUAAGAACAUGCUAGAGUGUGAUGAAUGUAAAGCUCCACCUAGUAACAAUAUUACCAUACCCGAUUUGAAUCACGAAGAACUAGAGUCUCUCUUGGAAUUUCUCUACAGUGGAACAUUGACUUCGGAAAAAUUGGAGAAACAUGUUUAUGCAUUGUCACAAGCAGCUGAUAAAUAUGUUAUCCCACACUUGUUGAAAUACUGUGAAAGAUACCUUCUCAAUUCAAUUAGCACCUCUAAUGCAUUUGAGACACUAGAGAUUGCUGAUACUUGUUCCAACCAUAAUUUGAAGGAGACAACAUUUAAUUUCUUGGUUAAAAAUAUUGAGCAUAUGAUUUCUUCCCCUAAAUUUGAAGCUUUUGUACAUAGGAGUCCACAUUUGACUGUGCAAUUAGUUACAAGGGCAUUUGUUAAUGGUUCCAAAUAAUCAAAUUUUUCUUCAAGUGGAAGAGAGGCAAAGUUGUUUCUAUUUUGAAUUUCGUUUUUUUAGUUAUGUACUUAUUGAAAACUAUUGAUGAGAUCGUUCAGCAGAAUAAAAUAAUCCGUGCACAAUGUUUCUAUUUUGGUUAGUUAA